GUCAAGGAUAUAGAGAUGACGGGCCGCAAAGAGUUGGGACGAGUUGCAGUUCCAUGGAUCCGCGAUGUGUUUCCACCACAGCGGGACGAUCUAGUAGCGAACCAUGUCAGAUUAGCACAACUGGCGUCAGUUCGGGAGACGCGAGCUUCCAAAGAGAGUACGUGGAAGAACCACCAAGUUUACGGGCAAGAUAGUCAUAAGCAGGGGAUGUAGUCUUCUUAUCAUUUUUGGGUGUGCUGGAAAUGGA